CUGCCUCGAACAACAGUUACGGGAAGUGCGCACGCGCACUGCUGGCGGCGCCGGUCCUUUGUUACUUAGGAAACAGCCAAUCAACGACGCGGGCGUUGACCAAUGGGAAGCGCGGAUGAACCGACCCGACUGAUUUGAAAGCGCGGCGCGGGCGGUGGUUUUCUUGGGGGGAAGGGGAGCUUGUGGGGCGCACUGUCGGGUGGCCCCGGGCUCCCGUUUGCGGCCGAGGGACCCGGUGGCGAGCGGCAACACCGGCGGCAGAGAACCGACGAAGGGUGUCGCCAUGGUGAUGGCAGUGGAGGACAGCGCGGUGCAGGUUGUGGUCCGGGUCCGACCCCCCACCCCACGGGAGCUAGAGAGCCAGCGGAGGCCUGUGAUUCAGGUGGUGGAUGAGCGGGUGCUGGUGUUUGACCCUGAAGAGCCCGAUGGGGGCUUCCUUGGCCUGAAAUGGGGCAGCGUGCACGACGGCCCCAAGAAGAAGGGCAAAGACCUGACCUUUGUCUUUGACCGGGUCUUUGGCGAGGCGGCCACCCAGCAGGAUGUCUUCCAGCACACCACCCACAGCGUCCUGGACAGCUUCCUGCGGGGCUACAACUGCUCCGUGUUUGCCUAUGGGGCCACUGGGGCCGGGAAGACACACACCAUGCUGGGAAGAGAGGGGGACCCCGGCAUCAUGUACCUGACCACCAUGGAACUGUACAGGCGGCUGGAGGCCCGCCAGGAGGAGAAGCAAUUCGAGGUGCUCAUCAGCUACCAGGAGGUGUACAAUGAGCAGAUCCACGACCUUCUGGAGCCCAAGGGACCCCUUGCCAUCCGUGAGGAUCCCGACAAGGGGGUGGUGGUACAAGGACUUUCCUUCCACCAGCCAACCUCAGCUGAGCAGCUGCUGGAGAUGCUGACCAGGGGGAACCGUAACCGCACACAGCACCCCACUGACGCCAACGCUACUUCCUCCCGCUCCCAUGCCAUCUUCCAGAUCUACGUGAAGCAGCAGGACCGCGUUCCCGGUCUGACCCAGGCCCUUCAGGUGGCCAAGAUGAGCCUGAUUGACCUGGCUGGCUCCGAGCGGGCGUCCAGCACCCACGCGAAGGGGGAGCGGCUGCGGGAGGGUGCCAACAUCAACCGCUCCCUGCUGGCCCUCAUCAAUGUCCUCAAUGCCCUGGCCGAUGCAAAGGGUCGCAAGUCCCAUGUGCCCUACCGGGACAGCAAGCUGACCCGCCUGCUCAAGGACUCCAUUGGGGGCAACUGCCGCACAGUGAUGAUUGCUGCCAUCAGCCCCUCUAGCCUGACGUAUGAGGACACGUACAACACCCUCAAGUACGCCGACCGGGCCAAGGAGAUCAAACUUUCGCUGAAGAGCAAUGUGGUCAGCCUGGACUGUCACAUCAGCCAGUACGCCACUAUCUGCCAGCAGCUGCAGGCUGAGGUGGCCAGUCUGAGGGAGAAGCUUCGAAUGUAUGAGGCGGGAGCCCAGGCCCCCCAACAGGACCUCCCACAGCCCCCCAAAUCGGGCACUCCACAACCACCCUUUUCCAGCUCCUCCCCACCAUCUCAUCUUCUCAGCCAGCCCCGCACCCCAGAGCUCCACCCAGGAUCUGCAGUCCUUCAAGAGGAAAGCCUGGGGACAGAGGUCCAAGUGGAGAGGGUCAGGGAAGGGAAUUCUUCAGAUCAGGAGCAGCCCUCGGAGGACAAAGACAAAGACCCGGCCAAGGAGGUUCCGAUCCGGGUGUCAGAACAGAGCCUCCGACAGUCAGGGCUGGAGUCCCCUGGCCUGAACCUGGAGGCCAAGCAAGUCGUGGGCCACCUCUCACCACAGAACCUGGAAAGGGACCAUUCUAAGCAGUUGGCACUGAAGGUUCUGUGCCUGGCCCAGCGGCAGUACUCCCUGCUCCAAGCAGCCAACCUCCUGACCCCUGACAUGAUCGCAGAGUUCGAGACCCUGCAGCAGCUGGUGCGAGAGGAAAAACCUGGGCCUGGAACAGAGGCCUCCAGGACUCCUGGCCCAGCCAGGGAGGCACCUCUGGCUCAGGAGCUGUGUUCAGAGCCAAAGCCUCCAGGAUACUCUGGCCCUGUGACCCGGACCAUGGCAAGGCAACUGAGUGGCCUCAUGCACGGUCUGGGGGCCCCACCUGGGCCUGACAGCACCUCUGCCCAGGCAGCUCUGCAGUCCGUGGAGAAGAAGAGAAGAAGGAAACUGAGCUCCUCAGAGCAAGACAGUCACCAGGCCCCAAGGCUGGGGACCAAGCGUCAGCACCAGUCCUUCCUGCCCUGCCUGCGAAGGGGGUCCCUGCCUGAGACUCAGCCUUCACUCGGACCCACCCCCCCCAAAAAGGGAAGGGUCGCCUCCCCCUGCCACUCCCCUCGCUUCUGCCCAGCCACAGUCAUCAAAAGCCGGGUGCCUCUGGGCCCUUCUGCCCUGCAGAACUGCUCCACCCCGGUGGCCCUGCCCGCUCAGAACCUCAACAUCACCUUUGAUCUCUCCGAGGAGUCCCCCUCAAAGCUGGGUUUCCAUGAAUGCGCUGGCUGGGAAAAUGUGCCCCAGAACAGGCUGGAUCAGCCCUUCAUCCCCAGUGGACCCGCGCCCCUGUUCACCACGAAGGGCCCCAAGCCAGCCUCUUCCUUCCCUGCGACCUCAGCCCGCAAGAAGAGGCGCCUUGUGAGUUCCUCCAUCGCCCGCCGCAGCCGCAUCGCCCGCCUCCCCAGCAGCACCUUGAAGAGGCUGGCGGAGUCCCUCACUGCCCCAGGUGACUAGCACUGGGAACAGGGAUGGUCUCAGCCACCGUGACCGAUGAAAACAGGAAGUAGGCAGUGACAAGGUGGGCAGAGACCCGAGGACCUGGGAUACUUCCGAGCAUCUCGAAUCCUGAGGAGAGAUGGGAGGUGGGAUGGAAGAAGAGACAGUGGGACCGAGCCGGACUUGUCUCCUUCCUCCCUGCCUCCACCACCCACUGGCCUGCAGAGCCCCCUGCAGUCCCCAUGGCCCUGGCAACCUUCGGAGCCAGAGGGAACGGAUGAGGGUUAGGGAAGUGCUGUCAGCCGGGAGAUGCAUUGCCAGGGUGUCCUGACCGCUGUCCCCUCUUGGAUCCUGGAGCAGCCUGCACCAGGAGCCGUGACCUGCCUUCCUCAGCUUGGAGCAAUUAACGCCAACACCCUCUUCCUUUACUCACCCUCCUCUCCUAGUCAUUCAUUCUGCUACUCAUGCUCUUAUUAAUCUCUUGUUAUAUUCAGCUUCUCAGCAUGUAUAUAUACAUUUGUGAGUGUUAAUGUGUUGCUAUUUUAAAGGUGCUCCCCGCCCCCCCUCCCCCCCAGUUUAUAACACCCUCUCUGCAGGCAGGUGGCUGGAGGUCUUUGUUCCCCGUUCCCAGUCUAACACAGGGCUCUGUCUACUGAUGGCAGAGGAGGAGGGGGCCUGGUGCGGAGCCCCAGCUUGGCUCUUCCUGGUUUUGAGGGAGGGACAGCUUCAGCCCCAUCCCCCGAGCCUGGAGCAAAAUCCGCAGUCCUGGUGACGAUGCAGAAGAUCAGUGGUGCCUUGAUUUCCAAAUAAAGACAGCUUCAUGGUUUUU